CCAACCUUCAAGAUUCAGUGAUACUGGUUUGUUGCUCUUAUCAUGAGAAAAAAAUGCAAUAUUCAAUUAUUUUAGUGCUUGUAUUGCAGCAUAUUACUAAAGUUGAUUCUUUAAAGUAUAUGGUUAAUAUCACUCAUUGACAAGGAUCCCAGUGUUAUAUUUCAUCAGUUAAUUGAGAAAUAAUUUAUACUUGUUUUUUACACCAAAUAUAAACUCCAAACCAGAACACUACAAUUUUCUAUUCAUACUUCUGUUCAGGACAAUUCUCUUGGGCACUUUUGAAAUCUGACCAUAACUAGCAUGGGUGCAUGAAGUAGUGGGAUAGGGAAGAUUCCCCCCCCCCACGAAAAAUAUAUUAUGAGAAUGGAUGGAUCGCUUAUAAACUGUCUCUGAUGUCACUGUAAUGCAUUAUAAAAAUGUAAUACAUUAUUUAAUAUGUGAGAUUUGCCAGGAUCCUUUGUAGUUGCAGUUGCACAGCUUUAUAAGUUAAGGAAAAUUUGCCUGGUUCAAAAAGCCCUUUGGUCAGCUUAGUUCCAGCAAUAAAAUACUACAAAAGGUGUAUUCUGGUGGAUGAUAUUACAAAACAAUAAAAUAAAUAAAGUGAGAUAAAGGAGCGCUAUAGUGUUAGGAAUACAAAACUUAAUGCUAUAGUAUGCCUCUGUCCCUAAUGUAUUAGAUGCCCUCCCUUGUGUAUAAAGGGUUGAAAACCCUUAUUUCACUCACCUUAAUUCCAGCACCAAGUUCCCUCGCUCCAUCAACUCCUUCCAUGACAUGAGGACAAUGAAAGAUCUAAUGUGCAUGCGUGGCAAGUUAAACUAGAGGUUGACUUAACCCUGUCAUCACAGUUGUAACUAGGAACCACCAGGCCCCCAUGCGAAAAUUGACCUUAGGUCCCCUGUAUGUCUCAUUCCACCCCCUAGCAUCUCUGUGCAUCUCAUUCCAUCCCAGCCUGUCCAUGUGUCUCAUUCCCUAGCCCCCAUAUGUAUCUCUCCUCUAGCCCCCCCAACCACAUCAUGUGUUUCUCUCUUCCCAACCCCCCAUUACCUCCAUGUGUCUCCCCAAGCCCACUCUGUCCCCCAUCCUCCCUCCAUGUGUCUCUCUCCCCUAGCCCCCAUAAGUUUCUGUCCCCUAGUUAACCCCCCAUGCAUCUCUCCCCUAGUCCCCAUGUGUCUGUGUCCAUCUCCCCCAGUCCCCAUGAGUUCCUGUCCCCUAGUUAACCCCCAUGCGUCUCUCUCCCCUAGUCCCCAUGUGCAGGGCCGGACUGGGGACACAAAGCAGCCCUGAAAAAAAAAAAUCUAUGGCAGCCCCAUAAGUCAUUGUGGAGAGAUUGAGAGAUAAUAUUGGAAUAUUUAUUUUUCAAUUCAAAAUAUUAGUCCUUUUAGGGUAAUUAUACAGUAAAGCAUACUCACAUGCAGAGACAGACAAUCUUACUGAUGCACACAAACAGGCUCAUUGACAGACAAUUUCAAUGACACACACAGACAAGGUUACUGGUACACAAACAAAUUUUGUACAUACAAACUCUGAUACACACAUGCUCACCACAGACAAGCUCACUAUCACACACACAGAAGCUCACUCACUAGCAGAUGCACGCGCACACACACACAGAAGCUCACUCACUCACUAGCAGAUGCACACACACACAAAGGCACCCACCCACACACAGAGGCAGGCACCCCGGCAGUCACACACAAACACACACAGAGGCAGACAGUCACACACACACACACACAGAGGCAGACAGUCACACACACACAGGCAGACAGUUAUACUGACCUGCUUCUUACCUUCACAUCCCUUGGAGCUUCUGGAGGCUUGUUGUUGGGGAAGCAGGGACUCCUUCCUGCUUCCCAUGCUGCAUUAACAAGGCCCCCCCGCUAAUAAUAAUAAUAAUUCCGUCCAUGUGUGAGCUGUGCCAGCCGCCUGGAUCCCCUUGUUCCCAUGGGGUCACAGCUCACACAUGGCCGGCCGGGAUCACAGAAGCCUGAGCAAUGAUUAGGGCUGUCAGCCCAGCCUCAGGUGCCAUGGCCCAGUGGGAAAUUUCCCUGUAGGCCAGUCCAGCUCUGCCAUAUGUCCCUCUCCCCUAGCCCCCCCAUGAGUUUCUGUCCCCUAGUUAACCUCUCUCCCCUAAUCCCCAUGUGUCCCUUUCCCAUAGCCCUCCAUGAGUCUCUCUGCCCCUAGUUAAGCGCCAUGAGUCCCUCUCCCCCUAGUCCACAUGAUUGUGUCUCCCUCUCCCCCUAGUACCCAUGUGUCCCUCUCCCCUAGCCCCCCAUGAGUUUCUGUCAACAAGUCAACCCCCAUGCGUCUCUCUCCCCCCUAGUCCCCAUGAGUGUGUGUGUUUCUCUCCCCCUAGUCCCCGUGUGUGUGUCUCUCUCUCCCUUAGUCCCCAUGUGUGUGUGUGUCUCUCUCCUCCCUAGUCCCCGUGUGUGUGUGUUCUCCCCCCUAGUCCCUGUGUGUGUGUGUCUCUCCCCCCUAGUCCCCAUGUGUGUGUGUCUCUCCCUCCUAGUCCCUGUGUGUGUGUGUCUCCCCCCUAGUCCUCAUGUGUGUGUGUCUCUCCCCUAGUCCCCAUGUGUGUGUGUUCUCCCUAGUCUGUGUGUGUCUGUCUCCCCAGUCCCCAUGUGUGUGUCACUCCCUAGUCCCAGUGUGUGUGUCUCUCUCCCCUAGUCCCCAUGUGGUGUGUCUCUCCCCCUAGUCCCCAUGUGUGUGUGUCUCUCCCCAGUCCAUGUGUGUGUCUCUCCCCUAGUCCCUGUGUGUGUGUGUCUCCCCCUUAGUCCCCAUGUGUGUGUGUCUCCCCCCUAGUCCCCAUGUGUGUGUGUCUCUCUCUCCCCCAGUCCCCGUGUGUGUCUGUGUGUCUCUCCCCUCUAGUCCCCAUGUGUGUGUGCGUCUCUCCCCUAGUCCCCGUGUGUGUGUCUUUCUCCCCUCUAGUCCCUGUGUGUAUAUGUGUGUGUCUCUCCCCCCAGUCCCUGUGUGUAUGUGCGUGUGUCUCUCUCCCCCCUAGUCCCCGUGUGUAUGUGUGUGUGUCUCUCUCCCCCCUAGUCCCCGUGUGUAUGUGUGUGUGUCUCUCUCCCCCCUAGUCCUAGUGUGUGUGUGUCUCUCCCCCCCCUAGUCCCCAUGUGUGUGUGUGCCUCUCUCCCCCCUAGUCCCCAUGUUUGUGUCUCUCCCCCCUAGUCCCCAUGUGUGUGUCUCUCCCCCGUAGUCCCCGUGUGUAUGUGUGUGUGCUCUUCUUCCCUAGUCCCAUGUUUGUGUUCUCUCCCCCAAGCAGUCCCCUAUGUGUGUGUUUUCCCCCAGUCCCUCAUGUGUGUGUUCCUCCCCCAGUCCACAUGUGUGUCUCUCCCCAGUCCCCGUGUGUAUGUGUGUGUGUGUCUCUCCCCUAGUCCCCGUGUGUGUGUGUGUCUCUCUCUCCCCCCUAGUCCCCGUGUGUGUGUGUCUCUCCCCCCUAGUCCCCGUGUCUGUGUCUCUACCCCCAGUCCCUGUGUGUGUGUCUCUACCUCCAGUCCCCGUGUGUGUGUCUCUCUCCCCCCUAGUCCCCGUGUGUGUGUGUGUCUCUCUCUCCCCCCUAGUCCCAGUGUGUGUGUGUCUCUCUCUCCCCCCUAGUCUCUGUGUGUAUGUGUGUGUCUCUCUCUCCCCCCUAGUCUCCGGGUGUAUGUGUGUGUCUCUCUCUCCCCCCUAUUCCCCAUGUGUAUGUGUGUGUCUCUCCCCCUAGUCCCCAUGUGUAUGUGUGUUUGUCUCUCUCCCCCUAGUCCCUGUGUGUAUGUGUCUCUCUCCCAUGUGUCUCUCUCUCCCCCCUAGUCCCCAUGUGUGUCUCUCUCUCCCCCCUAGUCCCCGUGUGUAUGUGUGUGUCUCUCUCUCCCCUAGUCCCCGUGUGUAUGUGUGUGUCUCUCUUUCCCCCCUAGUCCCCGUGUGUAUGUGUGUCUCUCUCCCCCCUAGUCCCCGUGUAUGUGUGUGUCUCUCUCUCCCCUAGUCCCUGUGUAUGUGUGUCUCUCUCUCCCCUAGUCCCUGUGUAUGUGUGUGUCUCUCUCUCCCCUAGUCCCCAUGUGUGCCUCUCUCCCCUAGUCCCUGUGUGUGUCUCUCUCCCAUAAGUCCCUGUGUGUGUGUCCCCCUAGUCCCUAUGUGUGUCUCUCUCUCCUCCUAGUCCCCAUGUGUAUCUCUCUCUCCCCUAGUCCCUAUGUGUAUCUCUCCCUGUAGUGUGUCUCUCUCCCUCCCCCUAGUCCCCAUGUGUCUCUCCCCCUAGUCCCAUGUGUCUCUCUCCCCUAGUCCCUAUGUGUGUCUCUCCCCCCCAGUCCCCAUGUGUCUCUCUCCCCCAGUCCCCAUGUGUCUUUCUCCCCCCUGCCCCAUGUGUCUCUCGAUGUGCCUCUCUCCCCUAGCUGUCCCAGCCCUUCCACAUGUCUCUCCCCUAGUCCCCUUCCAUAUGUUUCUUUCCACUAGCCCCCCAUUAGUCCCAUUACCUCCCUUCCCUCCUGUACAUGUUUGUGGCUGCCGUGGGAUCCAUCUGACGGGAAGUGCUCUCUCAUUGAAUGCUCUCUCAGCUGCAGCGAUUGGGGAGCAGUGGCGGACUGACCACUCAGGCAGAUCGGUUGUGGACCGAGGGCCUGAACCAGUCCCCAUGUGUGUCUCUCUCUCCCUCCUAGUCCCCAUGUGUGUCUCUCUCUCCCCCCUAGUCCCCAUGUGUUUCUCUCUCUCCCCCCUAGUCCCCAUGUGUUUCUCUCCCCCCUAGUCCCCAUGUGUCUCUCUCCCCCCCAUGUGUCUCUCUCCCUCCCAUGUGUCUCUCGAUGUGCCUCUCUCCCCUAGCUGUGGACCGAGGGCCUGAACCAGUCAGAGGCCCGGCUGAACAGCCAUGCUCUGGCUGGGGAGAUCUAUAUUUGAUCUUCCCAGCCAGAAAGCAAUAGUUCUUCCCUCCCCAUUUUUCCAGUAAAGUGACGCAAUCAUCUCUUCUGAGUUAGUCCUGGCAGCCAUCCUACUCUGCCAGGUCUCCUCCAUGCUUUGCUCUGUGUGAGAGGGAAGAGGUUGGGCUGGAGGAAAGAAAGUGUCUCUCUCCUGUGCUCGCUCUUCUGUUGUGCAGAGUGCUCGCUGAAUAUUAGGAGCAGCCUGGCAGAGACAGACCAGGGAUGUUCUUUAAUAUUUUACAUAUCCCACCCUGCACAGGCUCCCUGCACCCUGCACGCACAGGCUCCAUAAUACCCUGCACAGCCCCCCCACCUCCAUUAUACCCUGCACAGUCCCCUCACCCCCAUUAUACCCUGCACAGCCCCCCAUUAUACCCUGCACAGAGCUCCCAAUUAUACCUUGCACAGCCCCAUUAUACCUUGCACAGCUCCCCCCAUUUCUCCAUGUACCCUGCACAGAUCCCCUCAUAUCAUGGGUGUAUAUUGGCUGAACACAGAGGAAAUGUCUUGGGCCACACAUAAAACCUAUACUAUAAUUAGUUUAUAUAAUAAAACUUAAAAACACAUUUUAUUUUUGUUUAGUAGACAACUCCCUUAUUUGUUAUACUUAUGUGGAAUUUCCAUAUUUAAGCAUACCAAACUAGGGAGCUAUCUACUAAAUACAUACACAUGUAUAUGCAUAUAGUUUGGGACACUGUAACAAAUGGAAGAGCCUAACCUGCUUUUAUGGGGAUUUUACUAUAUACCAGUUCGGGACAUUUGAAGCAUUCAUCAUACGAAUGCAAACUAUUGUACCACUAUUUGUAUCAGCCAUAUUUGCAUAUAAGUAGUAGCAACAAGGUUGCAAACAAGUCCAUAGUCCAGUAUUCUAUUCACACUAACUAGAGAACCAUGUAUUUCUAUUAAUCAUCUGGUACUUUGACAGGUUUAUGUAUAUUCCAUGUUUGUUGAUAAAUUUAGGUAUUGUGUUAGAACACUGUAAUGCUUAACUGUCAAUUCCGAUUCAAAGACAGGAGAAAACUCAAACAAUUGUCAGCUUACUUGUGUUAACUUUUGUAUGUAACUUGUAACUAGACACAAUAAAGCAGCACUGUCAUAAUUUUUUCUCUUUCAGUUUGUUUUCCUUAUACCACUUGCAUGUUAUAUUGCCUAUAGCCACUUGUCAUUUAUACUUAUUUUUUCUUUCCUUGCACCACAUCUCAAUACUUGGGCAACUCAUUUUGUUCUCCUCUGCCUAUGAUAUUUGCUUUGUGCCCUUCUGUGGAAUUCGUUUUAUCAAUAGAUUGUGUGCAAACUAAUUAAAUGGAACGUUGCUUAACUUCCACCCAUUGCCAAAAAAUUGCUAAACAUCAUACUUAACCAUAGGAAAACAUAGUCAUUGUUUUUUCUUAGAUAUAUCUAAAGGUGAUUUAAAAAAAAAUAAAAAAAGUAGAAAGUAGAAAGAGAGGGACAAAAAGGGAUUCUUUUAAUAACUAAACCUGCAAGUGACAAUCUCUAUGUCAAAUCUGGCAAUCAAUAGGUAAUAGGACACACAUAAUCUUUCCUUGCUACUUAUUAUCUGUUUAUGUUUUAUACUUUUUUUUUUAAACACAGAUGCCCCAUCAUGUAAUGAUUGUAACGGGACUGAUGCUGUCUGUCUUACUCAAAAUACAAUACCGGCAAGGACCUAUGUCUCAUGCUAUUGCAAGGAUGGAAGUCUUGGAAAUGGCCUUAACUGUACAAAGUUAGUGUAUUGCAGCAGUAGUUGCUGUGAUCAAGGAUACUACUAUAAUUCUGCCACAAAAAAAUGUGUAGAUAUAAAUGAAUGUGUUUCUACGAACAAUUGCCUUUCAGGAACAACAUCUGAUUGUUUAAAUAUCAAUGGCAAUUACUUGUGUAGAUAUAAUAAAAACAGACUGUGCCCAUCCACUGCAUGUAACAAUUCCAUGGACUGUAUCCUAAAAAAUAACACUCUAGGGUGUGAUGACCCCUGUGUUUAUUACGAUUGGCUUGAUGGAUCAGAUAGAUACUAUUCAAUCAACUCUACAAAAAGAUUCCUCACCGAUCGUUACAAUUUUGGCUGGUUCAGAUAUAAAAAUGGGAUGGGAAUAAAAAACGGAUGUGUUGGACCCUUAAAAUGUAAUUCUCUACGUCCACUUUCAUUAAAUGGUACCCAUCCAACGUUUGAAGAAGGAGUUAAGAUGGUUUCUGUCUACAUUAAUCAUGAUACAGGCUGCAAAGCUGGAACACCUAUCCCAGUAAAGGCGUGUUAUAGGAAUAGUGAAACAUAUUAUGUUUACAAGUUUUCAGGGCUCUUAACCUACGAUGUUUAUUGCACAGGUAAGAAUAUGCACGUUUUACAUUUACAAAGUUAUAGAGUUGUAAAUUGCAGUAUAAUAGACUUCCUAAGAUUUGUUUAGACAUUGCAUAAAGUAGUAUGUCUUUGAGAUAUAGUAAUUAUAUAUUGGGCAGAAUGUUUACAUUUUCUAAUUGUAUUUUUUUUUCUUUAUUUCAGAUUAUGUUAUUCCGCCCACCACCACCACCCCUGAGCCUACCACCACUACUACAACACCUACCACCACCACCACCACCCCUGAGCCCACUACUACAACAACCCCAGUACCCACUACCACCCCUACUACAACACCUACCACCACCACCCCUGAGCCCACUACUACAACAACCCCAGUACCCACUACCACCCCUACUACAACACCUACCAACACCACCCCUGAGCCCACUACUACAACAACCCCAGUACCCACUACCACCCCUACUACAACACCUACCACCACCACCCCUGAGCCCACUACUACAACAACCCCAGUACCCACUACCACCCCUACUACAACACCUACCAACACCACCCCUGAGCCCACUACUACAACAACCCCAGUACCCACUACCACCCCUACUACAACACCUACCACCACCACCCCUGAGCCCACUACUACAACAACCCCAGUACCCACUACCACCACUGAGCCUACCACCACCCCUGAGCCCACUAGUACAACCCAUGAACCUACCACCACCCAUGAGCCUACUACCACCUCUACCCUCACUACCCCCGAACCUACAACCACUCCUGAGCCCACUACUAUGACAACCCCUGAACCCACUACCACUACUGAGCUUACUACCACUACUAUUACCACCCCUGAGCCUACUACCACCACAACCCCUGAACCCACCACCACUCCUGAGCCCACUACUACAACAAGCUCUGAACUCACUACCACUCCUGUGCCCACUACUAUGACAACUCUUGAACCCACUACCACAACUGAGCUUACCACCAGCCCUACCACCACCGCUGAGCCCAAUACUACAAGCCCUGAACCCACGACCACCCCUGAGCCUACCACCACGACGACUCUUGAACCAACUACCACCACGAUUACCACCCCUGAGCCUACCACCACCCCUGAGCCUACCACCACAACUCUUGAACCCACUACCACCCCUGAGCCUACCACCACGACAACUCUUGAACCCACUACCACCACCAUUACCACCCCUGAGCCUACCACCACCCCUGAGCCUACCACCACAACUCUUGAACCCACUACCACCCCUGAGCCUACCACCAUCCCUAUUACCACCCUCGAGCCUACCCCCACCACUGAGCCUACCACCACUACCAUUACCACCCUCGAGCCUACCACCACCACUCCUACCACCACCCCUGAGCCCAGUACUACAGUCCCUGAGCCUACGACCACCCCUGAGCCCAAUACUACAGUGCCUGAACCCACAACCACCCCUGAGCCCAAUACUACAGUGCCUGAACCCACAACCACCCCUGAGCCCACCACCUCCUCAACCUCUGAACCAACCACAACUCCUGAGCCCACCACCGAGCCUAUAACCACUCCUGAACCCACUACCACAACCCCUGAGCCCACUACCACCCCUGAGCCUACCACCACAACUCUUGAACCCACUACCACCUCUGAGCCUACCACCACGACAACUCUUGAACCCACUACCACCCCUGAGCCUACCACCACCCCUGAGCCUACCACCACAACUCUUGAACCCACUACCACCUCUGCGCCUACCACCACGACAACUCUUGAACCCACUACCACCACCAUUACCACCCCUGAGCCUACCACCACAACUCUUGAACCCACUACCACCCCUGAGCCUACCACCACCCCUAUUACCACCCUCGAGCCUACCACCACCCCUGAGCCUACCACCACCACUCCUACCACCACCCCUGAGCCCAGUACUACAGUCCCUGAGCCUACGACCACCCCUGAGCCCAAUACUACAGUGCCUGAACCCACAACCACCCCUGAGCCCAAUACUACAGUGCCUGAACCCACAACCACCCCUGAGCCCACCACCUCCUCAACCUCUGAACCAACCACAACUCCUGAGCCCACCACCGAGCCUAUAACCACUCCUGAACCCACUACCACAACCCCUGAGCCCACUACCACCAUCGAGCCUACCACCACGACCAUUACCACCAUCAGUCCUACCACCACAACUAUCCCCACCACCCUAGAGCUCACUACUACAACCCCUGAACCCACCACCACUCCUGAGCCCACUACUACAGCAACUCCUGAACCUCCUACCACCACUGAGUCCUCCACCACCUCUGAGCCUACCACCACACCUCUUGAACCCACUACCACCCCUGAGCCUACCACCACCCCCAUUACCACCCUCGAGCCUACCACCACCACUGAGCCUACUACCACUACCAUUACCACCCUCGAGCCUACCACCACCCCUGAGCCUACCACCACCCCUCCUACCACCACACCUGAGCCCAAUACUGAAGUCCCUGAGCCUACCACAACCCCUGAGCCCAAUACUACAGUCCCUGAACCCACGACCACCCGUGAGCAUACCACCACAUUAGCCUCUGAACCAACCACAACUCCUGAGUCCACCACCACAACCACAAGCCCUUCACCCACCACCGAGCCUAUAACCACUCCUGAACCCACUACCACAACCCCUGAGCCCACUACCACCAUCGAGCCUACCACCACGACCAUUACCACCAUCAGUCCUACCACCACAAUCCCCACCACCAUAGAGCCCACUAAUACAACCCCUGAACCCACCACCACUUCUGAGCCCAUUACUACAGCAACUCCUGAACCUCCUACUACCACUGAGUCCUCCACCACCCCUGAGCCUACCACCACUAGCAUUACCACCUCUACCCUCACUACCCCUGAGCCCACUACUACCACAACCUCUGAACCAACUACCACCACUGAGCCUACCACCACUCCUGAGCCCACUACUACAGCAACCCCUGAACCCACCACCACUGAGUCUACAACCACUCCUGAGCCUACCACCACUACCAUUACCACCCUCCAGCCUACCACCACCCCUGAACCCACUACUACAACCUCUGAGCCCACCACCACAGCCACAGAGCCUACCACCACAAGCCCUACACCCAUCACCUCUGAGUCUAUCACCACUCCUGAACCCACUACCACUACUGAGCCUAUCACCAUUCCUGAUACCACUACCACCACAAUUACAACCAUCAGUCCUACCACCACCCCUGAUCCCACCACUCCUGGAUGUGUGGACGAUGAGAAUAUAAAAUUAAAGAUAUCCAUUUUCAGUGACUCAAGACUGGCCAAUCUGCUUUACAGUGCAUAUACAAUCUUGCCUAAAACCCCAUUAUAUGUAGCUCUGGAAGCUAAAUAUAGUGGUACUAAAACUCAUAUUUUAAUCAUCAAUUCAUUCUAUGCCAGCAACGAUACAGAGAGAGGGUACAUUGAGCCUUUUAUUUUGGAUGGGUGAGUAUUGCAGAAUAAUUUCACAAAAUGUAAAGCUUUAGUUACCCAAAGAUGAUGUAUGUGUAAGUAAUGUGAAAGUAAUAAGGUUUCUACAAAAUCUAUUAACAUUUGGCCAUAUUUUUAAAGAUAUUUUAUGCAUAGUACUAUAAAACAAAUAAUGCAAAGCAAUACAUUAGAAAGAUUUGCAUUUCCCCAUGAUAACACCUUCUGCAGUGAGUUUUCACCAAAUCAGAAAGUUACUCAUACUGCUCAUUUAACUAUGCACAGCCCGUCUGACCCCUAUCUUAUAGUAAUAGUGUUUUGUUUAAAAUGGUUUCUGGAAAUUCAGUUCUUACAGGGCUAAUCAAUAAACUAGGAAUUAAUAGCAAAAUUCAAUAUUAAGGCCAAAAACAGAAUUCACUUGGAAAAUUAACUUUGAAUUCACAUUGAAGUUCUGUCAAUGCUAACUUUAAUGAAUAACCCUCUUAGUAUUUAACUAUAAAAAAGAUAACAGCUGAAUCACAUUUGCAAAAACUCCAACAAAACAUGAUAUAUAUGGAACAAAAAUGUUUAAGGAUGCAUAAAAAUGGUGGGCUAGUUUAGCACAGCCUACUAACUGACUGUAACAUAAAUUACACCCAACACGUUACACUUAGUGUUUGGGUUGGGUUAGGGUAAGGUAAGGGUUAUGCUGGGUUAGGUUAAUGCUGUUUAGGGUGGUGGGAUUCAGCCAGUUUAUGCGAACCUGCUGCUAACAUUUUUUUCUCAUUUAUAGUUUUUAUUGAUGUUUUAACAAGAUAGUACAUACAUCGUAGAGCAUUGUUUUACAGAAUAGUCUUAAAUAUUGUUAUUUCGACAUUAAGUACAGAGUGCAAGCAGUUGCGGUCAGUAAUAGCUGAGAGCGUCCGCUAGCCAUUGUUAUGCGCUUUUGUAGGAUGAGUACAUUAUGGAAUAAUUUAACUAACUGGGGAGUUGGGAGAGGGUACAGAAAGGAAAGAGGGAGUAACGGGGGAUAUAUGUCAACCAAUACCAAUAUUUCGUGCCCAUUUGGCUGUAGCUUGUUCGCCUAUCUGUGCACAUCAGCCGUCCGAUAUCAGUUGUGGGGUCCCGUGUGUGCUGUGCCGUGGGAAUGUUUUGUAGUGUGUUUUGUGGGAUGCUCUGUGAGGUGCUUCUGCUAGGUUGCCUGAAGUGUGAGCCAACUGGCCCAGUCUUUCUCAUAUUUCUCUAUGCAUCCGUUUGUUUUGCUUGCCAUCCUCUCGUAUGCGCUUAUUUGGUCCAUUUUGGAUCGUAUACUGUCUAUUGGGGGAAUCUGUGUGCUCUUCCAACUGCCAGCUAGGGUUAUUUUAGCUAUCGUGAGGAUGUUCAAGAUUGCCUUUUUAUGGGGGUGUAGAGAUAGUUCUGGGAUGAUAUGAAGUAUGAAUUUUUCUGCAUGUGGUGCAAUGAGAAGCUGUGUCCUGUGAGAGAUCAUGGUCUGGACUUGGUUCCAGAAUGUUUUUAGCUUGGUGCAGCUCCAGAAUAUGUGGAGCAUCGUUCCAGUGCCAGUGCCGCAUCUCCAGCAUAAUUCCGAAGAGCCUGUGUACAUUUUCGCCAGUCUGUGCGGCACUAGGUACCACCUCAUUGUUAUUUUGCAGUAAGCCUCCCACAGCGAAAGACUGCGUGAGGCUUGUUUGGUUUGUGCUAAUGCCAUAUGCCAUUCUGUUAAGGAGAACUGAUUGCCUAUGUCUCUUUCCCAUUGUAACAUCUAUUUCAGUUUGUCUGGGUUUGCGUUUGUGAGAAGUUCGUGGUAGCAUAGAGCUAGUGGUUUGGCUGAUUUGCUUAAGAGUAACUGGUGGGGUGUGAUGGCCUUAGUAUAGGGUUUGCCUAUGAUGUUUUUGAAACAGUUUUGUAUUACAUUUUUAACCCUUAAAUAAAGAUAGAGGUCCCUAGGUUCCAGGUUUAGUUCUUUUUGGAGCUCGGAAAUGGUUUCGCCUGUUCCUCUUUUACUAGGUCGCGGACCUUUCUCGCGCCCUUCGCCUGCCAUCUCCCUAGCUGCAAUUCUGGGGAGCAGGCUGCUAAUGCUUCUAUCGGUGCUUCUUCCACUACCCAUGGACCCCACUCUUUCCAAGCAUGUAGAAGGGUCCCUGAGCAGUGAAGCGCCUUUUUUGUCUGGGUUCGGGCAAUGGAGCUUGUCCAUAAGUGAUGACUCAGGUUUUAUGUACUGUAGCGGAACGCCAAUAAUAAAUCCUCGAAUUCCGCUGGUCCAGAAACGAAUCCACAGUCAAGCGCUGAAAACAACAAGGCAAUAUCCCCAACCUCCCAAUAACCGGACGAGACACAGUUUUGGGAGUCAACUGAAAUCCUUUUAAUCGGCAAGACAAUUUAUACAAGUCCCCAUGCAAGGGGUUUCCUGAGUCCCUCCCCAGGGGCACUCCCAGAGGGGACUACAUGGGGGACUUACAGUACAACAUAUUUCUCCCAUCAGGCACCGCUGCACGAGAGGGAUCAUCCUCCCAGAAUGCACCGUUAAGGGGAUUAUCCCCUCGUGCAGCAGAACCGGCAAUUUACACAAAAAUCUAUAACUUAUUAAAUAUACGGUGGAUUUACACGAAUGGACGUUCGGUAGAUAGCUGGGGUCUGGGCGCAUCAUUCGUGAGAUUGCCGCUCAGAUCCCAGCUAAAAUAACCGAACGCCGCACAGAAAACACAUUUCUUUCAAAACACACGAAAAGAACCGAUUACUUUUAGUGAACCUGGUCCUGAAACUCCCGAACGUCCUGGAGGCUCAGCGGUGUUCGUGCCGUUGAAUAACUAUUGGUAAUGCUAUGCGUUCGACAACACGGACCCGCUGAAGAACAAGGGAUCCAAGAUGGCCGACCGCCGCAUGGUCGGUAGUCGAACAACGGCCACCCAGGAGAGCCUCGAAUUACCGAUUGCAACAAUGUUGCAAUCGGUUAACUAGCGCCACACGCCUCUAAGUGUGUGGGCUAUUAGGGGGUAUUGCGUUCGCUUCAUGAACGGCCCUCCAAAGUGCCGUUCGUGAAACGAACGGGAAUCCCCAUACAAACCGCCAUUGGCAUUCGGCUAAACAGGUAAUUACAGUCUCUGCAGAAAAUACAUCAAGCACAUACAUAAGAAUAAAGCGCAUAUCUCCCCAGACUCGUAGGCAACCCUUAAAGGCACAGUCUCUAGUUAUAGUUCAAGUGGCUAGGUUUGCCACAUGUACCUAAGCAUGUGCUUUCAAGUGGGAGCCAGAAUGGACAAUGGGAGGGUUUGUUGAUGCGUAAAAGUCUUAUCCCUUGUGCCAGAAGGGAUGCCCUAUAAUAAGCUUUUAUGUCCAGUAGACCCAGUCCCCCUUUUGUGUAGGUGAGCCCCAUGCAACCCUUAGCUACCCUGGGCGGCUUUUUUUUCCCAGAGGUGAGCGUUGAUAGCGCUUUGAAAUUGUUUAAGCAAUGAGUUCGGGAGAGCUAUGGGUAGGGUUCUGAAGAGGUAUAGUUUAUGUGGCAAAGCCAUCAUCUUUAUGAGGUUAAUUCGGCCUAGCCAUGAUACCUCCAGAUUCUCCCAAUUCCUGAGUGUAUUUUUAAUUUUGCUGAGGAUUGGGUAGUGGUUUUCUUUUAUUAUGUUUUGAAAGUAUUUAACUAGUUUCACUCCUAAGUAUUGGAGGGAGGACGUGUGCCAGUCAAAUGCGUGGCCGCUUUUUAAUGCAUCCAGAGUGGUACGUGGCAGGUUUAUAGGCAGUGCCUGGGUUUUAGCUAGGUUGUUCUUAUAAUAUGAGAUUUUCCCAUACCUCGUCAACGUUUCAAGGAAGGGGGGCAUGGAGGACCCAGGGUUUGUGAUGAUCAGUAGGAUGUCAUCUGUGAAAAUAGCUAGUUUUUUAGUUCCUCCCGGUGUGGUUAGACCUUGUAUGGAUGCAUCCUGUUUAAUGCUUCUGAUUAAGGGUUCUAAGCAUAGAAUGAAGAUUGAGGGGGGAAGAGGGCAUCCCUGCCGGGUACCAUUGCGAAUGUCGAAUUGGCAGGAGAUGAACCCAGUGCUAAAGACUUUAGCGGAUGGGUAUUGGUAUAGUGCCAUUAUGCUUGAUCUAAAAGCAGACAGGAACCCCAUCUGCGUUAGAGUGAGAACCAUAUAGCUACAGUGUAGCCGAUCAAAGGCAUUUUCGGCGUCUAAUGCAAGUAGUAGACCAGCUUGAUGUGAUUUGUUGGCCCGUUAUGUCAAAUUUAGAAAGUGCCUGGUGUUAUUUCCUACCUACCUGUUCUUCUGAAGCGAGGUCUGGGAUGAUGGGCUUAAGUCUGGACGCUAUGAGUUUAGCAUAGAGUUUGGUGUGUACAUUUAAUAAGGAGAUUGGGCGUAGGUUUGCGCAUUGGGUAGGGGGGUUUGUUAGGUUUUGGCAAUGUCACUAGAUGCGCCUCCAGCAAUUCUUUGGGCAUGGAUCAGCAGUCUUUGAUGUAAUUAAAUAGUUUAGUGAGGGGUGCCAUUAAUUGGUUUGCUAAUUUAACAUAGUAGCAGUUGGAGAGCCCGUCUGGGCCUGGGGCCUUUUGUUUGGGUAGAGAUGUUAUGGCUGCUGCGACUUCCUCUUCUGUGAAGGGACUCUCGAGGAAGGCGCACUCUGCCUGUGUCAGGCAUGGUAGAGGCGUCUUCUCUAGGAAGGAGCUUAUUUCCUCCUCAUUUGGUUGGUGGGUGUUGGGGUCUGUCUCUAAUUGGUAUAAUGAUGCGUAAUAAUUCGCCAAUUCGUUCACUAUGUCUUGGGGAUUGUAUAGCUUGUCCCCACUCUUAGAGGUUAUGUAGGGGAUUUUUGAUUGUAAUUAAGUGUUCUUGCAAGAACACUUAUUGUUAUCUCAUAUAUAUAUUAUUAUUCUUAUUAUAGCCAAAUUUGCCAUCCUAACUCCUCCCACAGUUUUUACACUACAUAGACCAAAAUUUACCAAAACGUGCAGAUUGUUCCCGAUCGGAUUGUUAUUACUUUGUGGAACGUUUCGCCGAAUGGUUCACGGAAUAUCGUCGUUUUUGUGGCGCAAUUUGUCCCAUAGGAAUGAAUGGCAAAGCUAGAGUGGGAGCUGCCAAAAGCUGAAAAAUCAGGACAUGAUUUCUAAACUGCCACCACUCCCUCAUUUUCAAGCCCACCUACACAAAUCUUAUAUCAAAACGUUCAGCUAUCCCUGCUGCCACUAAACAUGUAAACGGCUAAGCCGUAGUCCUGAUAGUUUUCACAAUAUGACCAUUUGUUUGCAACCAACGCCGUCCAUUGACAUUCAUUGAAACUUCAUUCUGCAAAGCUCAAAUUUGAAGUGCAAUUUCUAAACUGCGACUGUGCCUUCAUUUGUAAUACUUCAGAGACAUACUAUGCAUCAAAAUGUAGGUCUGGGUCUUGUGAUUCUCACAAUAUAAAGCUCUUCGCUGUAGGAUUUAUAGUUUUUAAGAUACGACCGUUUGAAGAUGGCAACCGCCAAAAUACUCUGACCUGUGUCAAGCUGCAGCAGCAAGUGAUGUCAUAGACAGGGCCUUUUGAACACCUGCUAAUGUUUUUAUAAAUGUAUGGUUUAAUGUAACUGUGCAACAACAUUGCAAUUGAAUGUGCUAGACUACUGGUGGAGGCAGGAACACUUCACACAAUUUCCCCAGAAAUUGUAGCUUUUCUACUUUAGUCUGUUUUGCUUUCCUAGCUAGGAGUUUUCCCGCCUUGUUGCCGGUCACAUAAACUUGUUUUAGAGAUCUGAGGUGUAUUUCUGUUAUUAAUUGUAGGUUGUGUAAGGCCGUUCGGAGAGACAUCAUUUGUUUGUGUGUGGUUAUUGUGGGUUUCUUUUUAUGAUUGUUUUCCACCUUGGCCAGUUCCUGUGCCAGUUUGCCCAUCUCAGAUUGACGUGAUCUCUUUACCCUAGCCCCUAAUUGGAUGAGCAAACCCCUCAUGACUACUUUAUGGGCCAACCACUAAGUGGGAGUCGAGGUUUGACAAUUAGUGUGAUUAGAGAAGUAUUAUUCCACGUGGGUCUUUAUCUCUGAGUGGCUUGGGAUCAUCUAAUAGGCUGUCAUUGAGACGCCAGGUGCCCCGUCCCCUAGCUGGGUAUGGAAUUCUGAGGGCCACUUUUUGAGGCGCAUGAUCGGACCACAUUAUUGGCCCGAUCUGUACCUGGGUUGCGAAGGGUAAGGUUUUGACGUCGGUCAGACAUAGAUCAAUUCAGCUAUAAGUCAUGUGUGCUGCUGAAUAAUAUGUGAAGUCUCUCCCAUUAGGGUAGAGGCUCUGCCAUACAUCGUAGAGAUUGAGUUCGUGCAUAAGCUUCCUGAGAUGGGAUCCUAGUGAGAGUGAGAGAGCCUUCGGUGGUUUAUCCAGUUCUCUCUUGAUAUCAAUGGGGGGGUCUGGGGCACAAUUAAAGUCCCCGCAUAUAAUUGUAUGUCCUGCCUUAUAUUUUUCAAUUUUCCGAAAGGCCAUGGUGAGGAAUGAGUUUUGAGCAUUGUUCCGGUACCUCCAUUAAUAAAUGCACAAACCGCCGUUUAGUGAAUGUUCCCCGUUCGCAAUAAUGUGGUCUGGUAGCAGAUGCAGUAUAACCAUGCGAACCGCCAGUCAGGGAACACUCCAAACUCCCGAACGGUACCUGUACGGCUCCUUCCCUUCACAAGCUCCAAAUGCACGAAUCGUCAAUCGCAGCCGAACGGCAAUAGUUUCCAAAUAAUCCCAAUAAGCAGUCUCUAGUCGCCGGUAAUAAAAUCCCCCUACUGUGGGCUACCUGCCCGUAUUUAUGCAGGUCUCCCACUUGGUGGACACUCCCCUAGGGGACCAAAUGGGAGACUGGAACAACAGAAGGACAUGGGGACAUUUCAGACAUACAUCCCCACAAUAUUCCCAGCAUGCAACACAGUUUCCUCCCCUCUGCUCGGGAGAUAAUUGAGAAGUAAUUCAAUUAUCUCCCAGAGCAGGAGCAAAUCGCCAUUUUAAAUACAAGUUACAAAACACAUUAAAAUACAUAACUUUAUAACUGUCGAACGUAUUGCAUUCGUAUAACACAUCCCCAGAUAGCCUGGAUCUGAGUGCAUAUUAUUGGCGAAUAGCGCUCAGAUCCCAUACGCAUAGUUCAAUCGCCAUGGAGUCAAAGUCUAUUACAGUUCUUCGGUAUGCGAUUGACUCCAUGGGAAGGCUAUCUGGGGUAAGUCCAUUCAUGCCUUUAAAUAUCUCGAACGGCCGGUAUUCGUAUACUUUUGUCGAUUGAGUAGGGGGGGUCGACGGCUUCAGCGGUGUUCGGUUGAAAAAGUGUCCGUUUUUAGUUCCAUGGAAUAACCGCCGAACACCGCUGGGCUUUCGCAUAGUUAAAAUGGCCGCCGCCUCGUGGUCGACAUACGAACGACGACCACCCUGUAUUCGGUUUUAAUUGAGAAGUGUCUGUGGUUCACCACAACGUUCUAAUUGGGAUCAAUAGGUUAACCAGCAGCACACUUCUCUUCUGGGUGGCCGUCCGUUCGGUAGUUCCGUUCGACAAAAAAAAUACAUUCCCUUAAACAAGGCAUACGAAUGGGGAAAUUCAUGCAAACAGCAAAACAGACGAACACAGCAAUUCUAGUUCAUACAGAUGGGUCUGUCACAAGCAUCAUUGGGAGCGUACAACGAUGCUAGUGUUACCGAUAGCCCUUUUAGUGUGCCCACCAGUGUCAGAAGUCUACCAUCCUUUCUAGCGUAUUGUUUGGAUGGUGUGAAUACCCAAUCAUUGUGGAAGUAGAUGGAAACCCCUUUGGUUUUAGUUUUGGACAGAGCGUGGUAACCUUGGGGGUAGUGUUUAAUAGUGAAUUUCGGGGGGUUCCUAACACUCAGGUGAGUCUCCUGCAGACAUACCAUUGCUGCCUUGGAUUUAGCCAUUUCCUGGGCUCCUCUUCUGGGGGCUGUUCAGGCCUUUAACAUUCAGUGUGAGUAUGGUUAAUGUGUCAGUCAUUGCUCCAUAUUAUUAUUAUUGCCAUUUAUAUAGCGCCAACAGAUUCCGUAGCACUUUACAGAAAACUUACAGGAACAAUAGGUUGAAGAGAACCCUGCUCAAACGAGCUUACAGACUAUAGGAGGUAGGGUAUUAGAAACAUUAGGACAUGAAAUAUCAAGUAGGAGUGAAGCAGAGCUGGAGGAGAGAGCAAAGCACUGUCCGAUAGGAGAGAGCAGGAGACAGGUAUGUAAGGUAGAGAUUACUCUGGGAGGCCAUAAGCUUUCCUGAAGAGAUGGGUUUUAAGGCCCUUCUUAAAUGACUGAAGACUAGGGGAGAGUCUGAUGGCAGUAGGCAAGCUAUUCCAUAGAAUGCAUUGUGGAGCAACCUAGGUUCGGGACUGAAGUGGUGCUGCGAAAUUGGGUGGUCUGAUCCAGGGAGGGGAAAACUGGGAAAACCAAUGGAAAACCAGGGGUAGGGGUUCGAGAGGGGAUAACUAAAGUAUGUACAAAGCACCCAAACAGCAUGAAGUGCUCUACUUGGAUGAGAUGUGAGUGGGAAGCUCAUUCCCGCAACCUUCUCAGCCUGGGUCGUGCCUGGUUUUUACCAGCCGGGUGAUUACAGCCUUUUUAGUGAGCUUUUGACGUCCCUCCUCAAUAUCUACGUGUUUUAUGUGUUUUUUCUUUAAUCUAUUUUCCUUUCUCCGUACUAUACUACAGGUGAGGUUAUGGCCUGUAGUCUUGAGUGUCAUGUUGAUUACAAUUCUAGCCUUUCAGAAACAAUAUUUAUGUUGUCGUGUUUAAUUACUACCGGCCUCGCCUCGGCACCCUUUGUGUGGCCAGCUAGAUCUCCCUCCCCAUUGUGCUGCGUUUAGUAGCUGUGUGUACCACGUGUGACAUUUCAUGCAUAACAUUAGAUUCUAUAUCCUAUACACAUUUCAUUGAUGCUGUGGAAUAUGUGCAGGGUACCCCACCAUUGUCCACAUAUGCAGGGGUAAAGACAUUUAGACAUGGUGCGCAUUGCGUGAUUCUCAUACUCACGACCUAGUGGACUGAGCAGAGACACCGCCAUUUUUUGGUAACAGUUCAGUUAUAUACAGGGUGGGAAAGUUGAAGACUUUCAGGCCGAGGGUUUAGUCCGAGCGCGGGGUCUUCCGAGUUCCUCAGGCCUUGCUAGGCGAGCCCGCCAGCUGCCACUCGGUGUGCAUGCGCUUCGGGGAUUCGGUUGAAGGGUAAGUUGGUGUUCUCAGAGGGAAUAGUCCCCAUUCUUUCAGUAGCCUCAUUCCCACCUCCGGUUCGUUAGCGAUGUGGUUUCUACCAUUCCUCAAGUAGUUUAGUCGGGUAGCCCCAGCGGUAUUGUAUUUCGUUGUUCCUGAGGGUUUUUGUGAUGGUGAUAAAGUUCCUCCUUCUGCCCAUAGUAAGUGCCGACAGGUCCGCAUACAGUUGGAUGCCCGAACAGGGUUCCUGUAGAUUGGGACGGUUCCUCGCCGCUACCAGCAGUGUUUCUUUUGUUCUGUAAAAAUGGAAGCGCGCUACCACAUCACGCGGUGUCACCGCGCUGAGUCUUUGCAGCUUCGGCAGCCGGUGGGCCCGAUCCAUUAGCCAUUCCGCCUCAGGUAGAUCGGCCACCAGGGUUUUACAUAGUGAAAUCAGGUAAUUUGAUAGCUGGUCUCUGGUCACGCUUUCUGGGAUUCCGCGAAAGCGGACAUUGUUCUGCCUCGAGCGGUCUUCCAGAUCUGCGAGUUUCCUUUUCAGGAAUUGAUGUUCCUCCACCAGGGACUGCAUAGUGUCCACCAGGGUGUCAUGUGCCGCGCACAUAUCAUCUGUGCGGGCCUAUAGGUUAUUUGUUCUCUUUCCGAGAUCUUUAAUUUCUUUCUUGAAAUCACUGGUUGCUUGCUUUAAAUCAGAUUGCAAAGUGAUUCUGAAGUCUUGUAACAUUGCAUAUAGCUUUUUCUCUGUGACCGGAGCAUCUGUGUAUUGAGCUUCCUCAUGGUCUCGUUGUGAGUCUGAGGUCUGCGGACCCUCCGGCCCCCUGCCGCCAUCUUGCGACAACCCCGUUUUUAUUUUUUUUAGAGGAGCGGAUUGGGUCCGUCAUUUUUGUUUGCUUCGCCUGAGCCAUUAUUGAUGGAAGGGGUUUGCAGGGAGUUAAUUACAGUUUGUCUAGGGAGUUUUUCUGCUGUAUAUUCUGGCUUUAGGCUGUUUCAAACCAGGAGCUCUCACUCCAUGCGUCCGUUCACCUUGGCUUCCAGCCACACCCUCCCUGCUGCUAACAUUUAACAAGUUCACCAAACCGUCGGUGAAACCCUUCCCUGCUGGUAGAACAAAAAUUAAUUGUUAGACUGACAAGUGAUUUUUGCAUUCACCUCAGCCUGCAGGCAGCAUGUGGCUCUAUAAGGGAACUGCAUGCAGACUAUGACUAAGACUAAGUCAGCUCUGCAUAGGAGCGCCGGGUGUCACGUGACUACCCAGUGCUCAGUGUGAAGGUGGCACAGAGAGCCACCGGACAGCGAGAGGCCCCCCUCCCCUGCCUGGAGAGGUAAAAUAGCAGGGACGGGGCCAUAUCAUUUCGUGUCAGAGCUGGUGUUGUGAGUGACACAGCCUGCCACUUGUGGAAGGAGAGACACAUGGAUGGAAUGAGUAAGUGGACAUUGAAGAAGAGUCAUGCUUUUUUCUUUAACAAAUGCCAAACAAAAAAAUAAGAACCACUCACUUUUUACGUUGAGGCAGUUUCAGCAUGGCAAACUGAUGUGGCAGCAAAGCAGAGAGAUAAACUGACAGUCCUUGUUAGACACAUAGAUGGAAGGGGUAGGGGGAUGUGAGGGGAGGAGGGUGGGUACAUGGAGGGGAGGAGGGAGACAUGGAGGGGAGACAUGUGGAUGGAGGGGAGGCGGGAGAUAAAUGGAGGGAAGGUGUAGAGGGACAUGGAAGGCAGGGGAACAGAGACACGGAUGGAAGGGAAGAUAUCACCCUAGCACACAAACUGUCACCUUCUCACACACACUGCAGUACUCAAUAAAUGUGUGAGAUCAAUACUUCUUGCAUCCAUUGAAUUUUAUAGCUCUUGUAUAUUUAAAGACUAAAUCAAUAAUUAUGAUUGAUGGCAAUUUAUGCUAAUGAGAACAUAAUCUAGAACAACUGAAGUUAUAAACCCAUUAAUUGUAAUUUAAUGACAGAUUGUUUAAUUUCAGUAAAUCAGUUUAGAUCUCCCAGGAAAGAAAGCAAUUGGACUCAAACUGAGAUAUUCACCUCCUUAUUCCUAUGAAAUGUAUCUAUUUAGAAUGGACUCAUAAUGUGGACUGUCCAUUCUAAGUAGAUACAUUUGGGAGGAAUAAGAAGGCGAAAUAAAGUGUAACGGCACCCCCAGACAUAAAAGGGUUAAACCGCCGUUUAGUAGAUCUUCCCCUUCCAGGGAUGCAGGCACAGCUACUGCAGAACACCAAACUCCCGAACUGGAUACAAAAUAGCACUCCAACUCCCGAACUGGAACCUCCCAAAUAGCUGCUAGCAGACGAACAGGAAAAGCAGACAGCUUUAAUCAGCUUACACUCCUGGCAAUCAGUCUCUAACAGCAUACAGUGAAUCCCCCCAAGAACGAGACAAGGCUCCGUGUUGAGGGUCAAGCAGGGGUCUGAGAUGCUGGCACACCCAACCUGGUUUUUAUUACAGUCUUUUCAAAUACAGGACCGCCCACAGGGAGGUAUAAAACAACCAAUCACAUAUCAGUUACAUCCCACAUAUUCCCUCCCCUUAUCCUGAGAGGAAACUCAAUUACACAUACAGUUAAAACAUACUUUCUACCCAACUUUCAUAACUCUAAAACAAUACAUCACAUUCACAUAAAAUUACAUAUUCACAAUCAAUCCAUUCCGGUGAACAACAUAUUAAAAAAAUGGCAUGAAUCAGACCAGGGGUUCAAAAGUUAGUAAAAGUAUCUUUUGGGCCCUGGCUGGCACAUGGCUAUUUGGCUCAAACAGGUUUUACAGAGCCCUCUAUCCUGGAGACAAUGGGGGAAGUAAUCCAAUUAUCCAGGGAUAGAGGCAGACUCCAUUGUGCACAUGGUUGCAAAAAUACAUAAAACACUUUAAAAUACAUAAAGUCACCUUUUACACAUAACAAACAGACAUUUCACAUAUCCCCAGAUAGCUGGGAUCUGAGCGCACAAAACUACCGAAUAGCACUCAGAUCAAUUGCCAUGGAGCCAAAGUCUUUAACUACACGAAUGGGCUCCAUGGCAUAGCUAUCUGGGUUAACACAUUUACAUAGUCUGGUCCAUAGUCAAAAGGCAGCAGGCGGGCAGCCAGGCUUCUCCAAUGUAAUGUGGCGAGAUUGCUCUCGUCACAUAAAGUAAUAAACAUAAGCAAUUGACAGUAGUAUACAAAACAGGAAAACUGGACAAAGGGUAACACUGCUGGAUAAAGACCCAAUGAAGAGCAUUAAUCAUCUAGAACAUAAAAAGUGCCACUUAGGUAACUGUUCAUGAGAUUAAGCAAGAUGUAAAUUUGAUUUUAAAUGUGUUUUUUGUUGUUGCUAUAAAUACAUAUAAUAUAAGCAUGUAAGUACUUCUUACUGAUUUCUUGAAUGCAAAAAAACACUAUUUCUAUGCAUUAACAUGCACAUCUCCACCACUCAGGUGUCUAGGCAAAUCAACAGCGAACACAAGUCAGAUUGCCGGUCUACAGUAUGAAGGUGAAACCUAUGCAGUUAAAGGAUACAGUGUUGAUGGAGAUGAUUAAAAUGUGAGUAACAAUAAUUAAAAACAUAAAUAGUGCUCUUUGAUUUUAUAGAUGUGGUGUUUUUAAAUGGGUGUUUAAUUAUCAGAAAAAAAGAAUCAGUGAGAAAAGUAAUAUUACCUUCCCACUGAGUCUACACACCAGUGGGACACUUUAGGGGUGUCCUAGGGUAUAACCCCAAUUGGUAACAAAAAAAACUAAGAAAAAGCACCUAAUCACAAAAAGUGAAAAGAUGCUACCUGGAAAUUGUUAGCAGUAUAAUGAUAACUACGUAGAUCUCUGUGAUGAAGAUCAAGCAUCAAAGUAACAGAUAUUUCCACUAUAAAAACACUUUUUGAAAAGCACUUUGCUGAAAUAUAUUGAGUCCUGUGAGGGUUCUCCAUCAAGGUAUUAGACUUACAAUACAAUCAAUUCAAGCAAGGAACAAACAAGUAGGUGGAACACCGUAAGCAAAAACAGCCUUUAAUCUCCUGGACAAUAUGCUCUCAGUGAUAAAUCCCACAUUAAUCUAAAGUUAGUAGCCUUGUUUGUAAAGAUAUAUACAUUCAAUCUCAUCCCACGAGCUGUAUCCAGGGAAUAGCUAAAAAAGGGUAAGCUUUGAACAACACCCCUCUUAAGCCCAUAUAAACACAUAAAUUGUCAAUUUAAUGUUGAUAAUAGAUUGUUAAAUAGACAGAGGAUAGUAAAAUAAGCCUCAUUCCCUGUAAAACUCACUAGACAGGUGAAGGAGAAUAGAUAGCAAUGACAAAAUAAAAUUAAAUCAUAUUUCACAAAUCAAUAAUAAGACCAGAUGUGUCACAUAAAAGUGAGGUGCCCAUUAAAAACAGAAAAUGCCUGAUGUAUGUUAAGGUGCUAGACCACGUGCACCUUCGUCAGGGAAAAAAGAUACAAUGAGUCUGAUAUCACUUCUAACCAUAUAAGCCAUGUGGGGGGCCAAUCAGGUGUAUCGACGUCAUCAAGGGGCAUGGUCACUAAUUACAUUGCGUCAUCACCCAAAUCCAGCCUACCCAUGGCGAAUUGGCUAAUCAAAAUAAAUGGGGAGUGUGCCUCAGAGUGACAGGACUUAGAUAGAAUAUAUAUAUAUACCACGUGUCCUGCACUCACAGCUCCUGGUUGGACUGAAACAUUGACACUGACUCUUGGUUUCAGUAUCCACGAGGUUUUACCGCGAUAGCGGUGUCCAGGAAUCCUGUUAAGGCCUUUUCCGCCCGUCCAGCUUCUUCUGACCCCGGUCUUCAUCGUAGAUCGCGUCCCAGGGACUCCUAAACCGUAAGUCAGACCUACCUGUCACGCCAGGACCGGUUCCCAUGGCGUAUGGUACAGCACGGGUCCUCGCUUUACGGUUUUCCCUGUUAUGUCACGAAUGGUACAAGCCGUUCGCGGGUUUUUCAUUCAUACGGUCAUUCGGCUGAACAGUAUAUAUUCGUACAAAUAGUCAUUUCGCUUAUAACUAUUCCACGUUACAUUGAAAUGGAUUAUCAAUUCGGUUGUUUUGCCGUUCGGCAAUUUUUAAUACACGUUUCAAACAAGCUUGCGGUUCGCAUAAGUUCAUACGUUUAAACUAUUCGUUCCAACUUCUGUUUUCCCUCACAUUGGGUUCAUUUGUAUUUCUAUGUAUUACACCUAAUCCUUUCGUGGAUUAUAUUCACCAUUUCAUGUAUAUACAUUCGGUUAACAAAUUGCUUGUUUAAAUAGACAGAUUAUUUCUAUUACCCUUUAAAUGUUUCAGUAUUGUAUUAUGUCCAUACAACCAAGCUCACUUAUCUGUAUAGAUCAUUUUGACUCCCACGUUUUCAGGGGUCUGCAUUACUUAUCCAUUUGUCCAAAUGGACUCAGCCUACAUUACAGGCCUCAUUUCUGUGUUAUUACUACGACACAUACAAAGGAUACAGUUUAAUUUACAAGCAAUAUAUUCUCGGGUUGAAUCACGUACUGAUCCAACCAAUCAUACGUCUUUUUCAAUACAGAUAUAUAUAUAUAUAUAUAUAUAUAUAUACACACACAUCACUUUGCAUCACUUUAAGCAUUUUGUGUAUCCCUGCCUCUUUUGUUAUUCUACUACAUAUCAUACAUAACGCUGUGUAAAAUAGGCCAUGACCCUCAUCCAUGUUCUUUUCUAUUAAACCAGCUACAUUUCUGUAUGGAUUAUUGAACUCCCAUGCUUACAAGAGUGUUCAUAAUUAUCUAUUUCAUUUCAAUUAACUCAGCCUAUGUUACAGGCCUCAUUUCUUUGUUAUGACCAUGACACAUAAGGCUUAAUUCCUUUUCAUGCAUACUCGGGUUGAAUCACAUUUCCUGCACAGUAAUAUACAUAAUCCUAAAUUUUAUGUUUCCCUUACACACCAUUAUCAUAUAACACAUAUGUUGUUUGUACAUAGGCCACGGCCUCCCUCAGAUGUCUUAUUUAAGCAUGACAUUCCUGAUUAACUCAUAUCUAUUCCCAUGGUAUCAACAUUUUCAAAAAUCAUUGCUGCUACAGGCUAUAAGUCUGUUUUCUUUCCAACAAUCCACACUCAUCAUAUUACUCUCUUUUACCCAUUUCAGGCUGUCAAGCUUAUAUAUAUUUUGCUCCACACGGUUUAUUCCUGUGAAUUUGUCAUACUACCAGGUACGUACACCUGCUCAUAUGGUAUUCUACCAUACAUUUCAUUUCGUCCCCCUAGGUUAGAGUACUGGCAAUAGGGUCACAGGCUUCCCAAUAGGUAUUUAUCCCAUCUUGGCAGUUGCCAUCAGUUAGUGGUCCCACAAGGCCAACACCCCGCCUCAAACGUUUCAUCGGGCCACACGUUAGCUAGCCGCCUCGCAUGUUGCAUAGAGAGGGCCUCACCUGUCACUCCCUUCCCCUGUUUUCUGUCUUACAGUCACCGAGAGGCCUAAAACUCCUGCCACUACAUCGAGUGGCCUCAAUAACCCCUCGCGCCAAUGCAUAGAUAGAGCCUCUCAAGCCGCUUGGCAAUUAGCAGGGCCUCAUCUGUCACCAAACAAGUAUAAUGUUUCACCAUCCGGCCUAGCUAACCUGCCAGUACAAUUUGGUGGUUUCAUACACUAAUUGUUUUAUUUAUAGUAUGUCUCAGGAAGGGGUAGAGGAUUUCUCCCUGCCUAGCACCCCGGCUAGAGCUGUCACUUCCACACAAGGAGGAGAGCUAGCUAGUCCAGCAUCGAUCAGAUCUUGGACGAUCCCGCGUAUAACCACGGAAUUGAGGAGACGACAAAUACGCUACCCCGCUACAGCAAGGAAAUCAGAACUUUUCAAACUGCUACAAACAUUGACAAAUAACAUGGAUGCCGGGGAAGGACCUAGCCAGUCCAACCCAGGAGACAUACAUGCCAUGGCGUCCAUGAGCAAGGUCAACUCCAGGCUGGAGAAACGUGAGUCGGUCACCACGGCCCUUACUCUAGCAGGGCCACCUGCUGGUGCUUCACAAGCACCAGCCGACUUGCCAUUAGUUGCUCCAGCCAUCCCCCUGGAUGACCAGGAAGUUAGCCCGGCUCAUAUGAUACCUGAGCACAUGAAAAGGGAUAUCCUGGAAGGUAAAGACGUCAACCUGGCUUCCCUGUUGAUUGCCUCCCAGGAUAUUGUUGAGAAUAAGACGUAUGCUUAUGAUGAUGUAUCUGUUGUUGUCAGAUCUAGGGAUGCCCGCCUGAACAGGAAACUGACUAUCCCUGAAUUUGUACUAGUUUUUGGUAUUUAUAGGGAUUUCAUCUGUGCGGUCUAUCCCAACAGAAGAGAGGAGUUUGAUCUCAAUAUGCACAAGCUGGUAGACCUGGGCAACAAAUAUGGUGGUUCAGCCUUCUAUGACUACCAUAGGUCUUUUUCUGCAAAAGUGGAGCCUUCUCCCAGUACGGAACACGAUCCAACUGGGGAAGAUUGAUACCGUCAUUUUUUGCAGACACUUUGCAGGUCUAAGAACACCGGCUUGUGCAUACUGCUCCUCCACAGCCCAUACUACAAAUUUUUGUCCCAACACGGCAGACGGACAUGCCUCCACGCAAGGAGCUAGUUCCUCUGGGGAUCCAGGGAAGUUGUCAAUCAAGUUUCUGGGCAAGUCCCAGAUAUGUAAUAAUUUCAAUGUUGGGUCUUGUAAUUACAGUGGAUGUAGACUAUUGCCUGAACAGGAAACUGACUAUCCCUGAAUUUGUACUAGCUUUUGGUAUUUAUAGGGAUUUCAUCUGUGCGGUCUAUCCCAACAGAAGAGAGGAGUUUGAUCUCAAUAUGCACAAGCUGGUAGACCUGGGCAACAAAUAUGGUGGUUCAGCCUUCUAUGACUACCAUAGGUCUUUUUCUGCAAAAGUGGAGCCUUCUCCCAGUACGGAACACGAUCCAACUGGGGAGGAUUGAUACUAUCAUUUUUUGCAGACACUUUGCAGGUCUAAGAACACCGGCUUGUGCAUACUGCUCCUCCACAGCCCAUACUACAAAUUUUUGUCCCAACACGGCAGACGGACAUGCCUCCACGCAAGGAGCUAGUUCCUCUGGGGAUCCAGGGAAGUUGUCAAUCAAGUUUCUGGGCAAGUCCCAGAUAUGUAAUAAUUUCAAUGUUGGGUCUUGUAAUUACAGUGGAUGUAGACUAUUGCAUGUCUGUUCAAAAUGUUUUAGGGCACAUGCAAAGACCAUGUGUCCAAAUAAAAUGUAUUCCAAGCCUUACCUAACGUCCAUUAAUAUGCCAGUAUUCACGGCAUUUAUGUCUCAGCACCCAUCUAGACACCUAGUAGACUUUCUUAUCAACUAGGUGUACCUAUCUCCCCAAAGAAAACAGAGGGGCCAGACAUGGUUAUCACUUUUCUGGUUAUCCAAUCAGACUCCGCCACAAUGCAAGCAAGCCUACCAUACGAUAAGAUAGAGAAUACAUAAACAGCUACCUUCAGCUCGGUACUUGCAACCGCAAAGAGCUACAGUCCCUGCUAGGGUCACUAAAUUUUGCUAUGCGUAUCAUACCUCAAGGCCACUCCUUUGUAUCACGGCUAUUGCAUCUUUUCCCACUUUUCCUACAUGACACGCACAGGUUGUCCUUAGAUACCCAAGCUACGGCAGAUCUAAACAUGUGGAAGAGAUUUUUAACCACUUGGAAUGGUAAAAGUAUGUUCCUUCCUCAAUUGACUGAAUCAUCUCCUACCAUUUGGUCAGAUGCGGCAUCUACCACUGGUUUUGCAGCAAUUUUUGGGAACAAAUGGUUUUGGGGCAGCUGGCCUUCAGCAGUUCAGGAUUUGGAAGGUUUUUCCACUACCUUUUUGAGAUCUAUCCCAUCGUGGCGGCUGCCGUAGCAUGGGGUCAUUUAUGGGCUAAUAUGCCAGUGCGUUGUUACUCAGACAACCAGGCAACCUGUCACAUCAUCAACAAAGGUCGUUCCAAAUCCCUUACGAUCAUGAGAUUUCUGAGGAAACUCACUUGGUUGGCAGCUUGUCAUAAUUUUUUCCUAUGUUCUUUCCAUGUUCCAGGUGUAUGUAACACAGCUGCUGACAAUUUGUCUCGCUUUAAAUUUCAGGAGUUUCAUCAAGCACUCCCAUCAGCUGCGCCCAUAGCCACCAUCACUCCAACAUUUCAACAACUCAUACUGGACUAGACACCAUAGCAGUACAUUGUCCCAACUAGCACUUUCAAACAAUACACACAAAACAUACAACAGGGCUUUCACACUAUUCAAACGAUUCCUUUUGGAACAUAACAUCAUGCAACCAUUUGUUAUGACAUCCUUUUUGGGGUUUGCUUCCUUUUGCCACCUUAAACUUAAAAUGUCAUAUAACACCAUCAAACUCUGUCUCACUGGCAUUCAACACCACAUGAUAAUCUUACACCCAAAUAACAACAGUUUCAUGGCCUCUCACCAAAUUAAGACCAUACUCAGAGGUAUUCAGAAAUCAGAACCCACACAUACAACCCAGAGGCUACCCAUAGAUAACCAUAUCUUCAAAGCAUUGUCUAACCUGCUUGACUUAAAACCGUUUGAUACCAAUACAAAUUCUGUCAUCAAAACAGCAAUAUACAUCGCUUUCUAUGGAUUUCUAAGACCUAGAGAAUUCACUACUACCUCCACGAAUCAAACUACUCCGUUCCUCCUCUAUUCCCACUUGACAAAACAUAUGGAUCAUUACAUCCUGACCUUACCUCACUCCAAAACCAGUCAGCACAUACCCGUAAACAUACCGUACUAUCCCACGCACAACAGAUGGUGUCCCGUCAGGGUUCUUGAUGCCUACAUACAGAAUCAUAACUUACUGCCCUCACAACCAUUACUACAGCUACAAGGUGCAGUACUCACCACUACAACCUUCAUGACCUACGUCAGGUCCUUGCUCACACAACUGGGCCUCAACGCAGCCAAAUACACAGGGCACUCCUUUCGUAUAGGAGCCGUGUCCACAGCCUCCAGUGUCAACAUCCCAACUCAUGUUAUCAAAACACUUGGGCGCUGGAAGUCAUCCGCUUACUCACGGUACAUACCGAACCCAGUACAAGAAUUAAGGGAUGCUUUCAAAAACAUGUCUGGUUGAUAAAAUGUAUAUGUAUUGGUUGUCUGUAAUAAAUUUGAUUACUUAAUUUUUGCCCUCUUCUUUCUCAGGCCUACCUCAUCGUCGGUUCUGGCACACCACAACCGACUUGCUCUUUUUACUAUCCUACAUUUAUUUAUGGUAUUUCACACUGUACUAUCAUAAGCACCUAACACAAGUAUUAAGACAAUUUGCCUGGAUUUGUGGGAGGUGCUGUUUUGCUACCCCUAGCCUACUUUAGGCUUACCCUUACCUGGCUCCUUACCGUUCGAGGUCAGCGUUGAAUGACCCUCCCACCACACCACAUUUUAACAUUUAUUUUCUAAUUUCUUUCCCUGGGUAGGCCCUCUUCUUUCUCAGGCCUACCUCAUCGUCGGUUCGGGCACACCACAACCGACUUGCUCUUUUUAUUUAUGGUAUUUCACACUGUACUAUCAUAAGCACCUAACACAAAUAUAUAUAUUUGCCAUCCUUCAAAAGAUAUCUAAGAUCAUUGAAGUGGUUUAUAACUAGUCCGUCCCAGUAAAGAUCAAAUAUUUUCUUUGGUUGAUUUUUAAAAUACAAUUUAACCAGCGAUUCCUCAGUAAUGAUAGUAAUGAACACCUGUUUAUCUAACAUUAUGUCACAUAUGCAUGUUUUAUAUUAACAACAUAUUUCCUAGGCUGCAUAUGUUAAAUUUUUGUAACUUGCAUUUUUGCACAAAGUGAAGUGGCAAGGCUCCUAAAAUUUUAUUACCUUUUAGAAAGUAUAAUUUAUAUUUGUGUGUAUAUAGAUUUAAUUCCACAAUAUAUAUGUGUUUAACAUUUAGCAUAUAUUAUAUCAUUAUAGAAUGUGUAUGAUCAUGCAUAAACUAGAUACUAUCAGUCAGCAACACACAAUUAAGAUCAUAAAAUUGAUUAUUGAUGUAUGUAUUUUGUAUGUUUUUUUUUUUAAUUUUGUUGAAAUAUUCUUUGCAGAAUGUACAUUAUUGAAACAGAGGCUGGUGAGUUUGAUCCUUUUUUUUCAUUAUGUUUAAAUUGCUGUUAAUAUUAUCUUGGUUAAGAAUUUCAUAAAAAUAUAGCAAUAUUAAUGCUAAUGUUACAUAGUUACAUAACUGAAAAGAGACUUAUGUCCAUCAAGUUCAGCCUUACAUAUGUUUUUGCUGUUGAUCCAAAAGAAGGCAAAAAACCUAGUCUGAAGCGCUUUCAAUUUUGCAACAAAUAGGAAAAAAAUUCUUCUUGACCCCAAAAUAGCAGUCAGAUGUCUCCUUGGAUCAAGCAGCUAUUACCCCACUAAUUAGAAAUUAUAUUCCUGUAUGUUAUGAUUUUGCAAGUAGUUAUCCAAUUGCAGUUUAAACAUCUGUACAGACUCUGAUCAAACCAGCUCUUCAGGCAGAGAAUUCCAUAUCCUUAUUGCUUUACUGUAAAAAAAAAGUUCUCUUUGCCUUAGAUGGAAUCUCCUUUCUUCCAGCCUAUAUGUGUGACCUUGUGUCCUAUGUAUAGCCCUGUUUAUGAAUAGAUUUCCAGAUAAUGGUUUGUACUGGCCCCGAAUAUAUUUUUAUAAUGUUAUCAUAUCCCCUCUGAGGCGCAGUUUUUCCAAACUAAAGAGAUUUAAAUGUUUUAACCUUUCUUCGUAACUAAAAUGCUAGAUUCCUUGUAUCAAUUUUGUAGCUCGUCUCUGCACUUUUUCUAGUGCCAUGAUAUCCUUCUUUAGAAAAGGUGCCCAAAAUUGCACAGCAUAUUUAAGGUGUGGUUUUACCAGCGAUUUAUAAAGAGGCAAAAUUAUAUUUUCAUCCAGAGAAUUUAUGCCCCUAUUUAUACAUGACAAAACCUUACUGGCCUUAGCAACUGAAGAUUGACAUUGCAUAUUGCUGCCUAUCCUUCUCGUGUGUGGUUAUCCCUAAUUCAGUAUCAUAUAGGGUGUAAGUUGCUUGUGCAUUCUGUAAGUUGCUUGUGCAUAACUUUGCAUUUCUCUACGUUAAAUUUCAUCUGCCAUUUUAGUGCCCAGUCAAACAAUCUAUCCAAAUCCCUCUGCAACAAAGCAAUAUCCUGCUCGCAUAUUAUGUGUUUUACUGAUAAUGUGGCAUGCAUUUUUAAGUUAAACGAUUCCUAUUUCAUUAACAUGUAGCACUAUUGUCCAAUAUUGAUUUUAAUGUCCAAAAUAUUUAGGCAACAGUAGAUGCACUUUUGUAUGCUUUUCACAUUCAUACACACAUCCAAUCUUGCUUUUUGAAUGUGGCAAGUGGAGUACCAGAUAUGGGCCCUACAUAAUAAUGGAAUUGGUGUUUGACUGAAAUCCCUUAUUUUGGGGCAAAUAUAGCAGUGCAGAGAGGACAGCGUUACUGCCAGUAUCCCCACCAAACCCAGACUGGCCUUGGCCACUGAGUGAUGAUUCAACACACUCUCACUCUGGCUUCUUAUUGUGUUUCUCCUUUAAAUGCCCUGGCAGUAUUCCAACCCCCCCCCCACCCCCCUGUCUGGCCCUGAUCCCCACCCACUGUAGUAAUACUGAGGCAGGCAGUGGGUACCAGGAUGUUAAAUCAUAUCCUAGCUCUUGCUGUCUGUCCUGGUGGGAGAGUAACAUGGUUAGUGGGAGAUACACAUAAGAACCUGGGUAUGAGAGGGACCCAAGGAAGGACUGGGGCAGUGAAUGAGACACAUGGAGCAACUGGAUGGGUGAAUAAGACACAUGGAGAGAAUGGGAAUAGACACAUGGAGGGGCUGGGUGGAUUGGGUAGAGACACAUGGAGAAGGUGAUGAGACACAUGGAGGGAGUGGGGAAAAUUAGACACAUGGAGGGGCGGGGGACAAAUGAGACACAUGGAGGGGCUAAGGAGGAAGAAUGAGACACAUGGAGGAUCUGGUUUUUUUCCAGGGCAAUUUUUGGAGAGCAAUAAUAUAAGGUGGGCUAGGGAUGUGAAAAAAUUGACCAGCAAAAAUGGACCAAGGGAUACCCAGUCCACCUAACAGUUUUAGAUCCAGAGAAUGGUAAACUUUCUGCUCUACAAAGUUUGUCACAACUCACCCCUAAAUAAAACCAUGAUGUCUGCAUUAAGUGGCAACACAUUUUGUAGCAUUCUAAAUGAAGGAGACAUACAUUAUAUUUGAGACAAUGUGAAUAUACAUAUUAACAGGUUUCAUUAAUAUAUCUUCAUGCUGUAAAAAUAUGUGUUGCAUUGUCAAAAUAUACUGAAGUGUAUCUGUUGUUCUCACUUUAUUUCUAGGUUCAACUAACUUAUCUCUACUAGUCUCUUAAAGGACAAUUAAUUCAAGAAGCCAGCUUUCUGACCCAAACAAAAUUGAAAACCUAUAUUCUAAAACAAAUGUUGUUUGGAUUUGGGACACACGUUAAUAAACUUGUGUGCUAUAUAUAUUGGAUUUAAAUCUGUAUAGUAGGGAAAUAUUUACCUAGACAUCAUAUUUAUUGAAUUCUUUAUCUGAAAUAUACAUUUAAUUAUUAUGAUAUGUUUGUUUUAAUUAAGAGUUAUUUUGCAUGCAAAUAUUUUUGUCCUAUGUGUUUGCUCUUAAGUCAUGGUAUAUACAAUAGGUGUUUUGCUGGGAAAUGAAUGCAUGUUUUGUUAAAUACAAAAUUUAUAUAUAGCUAUAAAGUUGCCAGUUCAUAAUAUACUGCCUCUGUGUCAUGUUGUAUUUAUAAAUAUUCCAUAUUGACUGCAAUCUAAAAUAAGAAACAAAGAAAAACACUCAAGUAAAUUACACCAAUUUGUCCAACUAUGCAAAGCAAAAGACUGCAUCCAUCAAGUUCAGCUUUUCUCACAUAUGUUUUUGCUGUUGAUCCAAAAGAAGGGGGGGGUGGGGGGAAACAGGCUGAAGCGCUUCCAAUUUUGCAACAAACUAGGAAAAAACUAAUUCUUGACCCCUAAAUGACAGAUGUAUCCUGGAUCAAGAAACUAUUGAAACUCCAUUAAUACAAAUGUAUAUCCCUGUAUAUUUUUGUAAGUAUUUAUCCAACUCCUGCUUAAACAUCUGUAUGGACUCUAAUAAAACCACCACUUUAGGCAGAGAAUUCCAAAUUCUUAUUGUUCGCACUGUAAAAAAGCCCUUUCCUUUGUCUUUGGCUAAAUCUCCUUUCUUCUAGUCUAAAUAUGUGACCUCUAGUACUAUGUUUAGUCCUUUUUAUGGACAAUGGUAUUGGCCCCAAAUAUGUUUGUAUAAUGCUAUCAUAUCUCCUCUGAGGCACCAUUUUUGCAAACUAAAGAGAUUUAAAUUUGUCAACCUCUCUUCAUAACUAAAAUGCUCCAUUCCUUUACUCAAGUUUGUAGCUCGCCUCUGCACUUUUUCUAGUGACCUAAUAUCCUUCUUAAGAAUGAGUGUCCAAAAUUGCACAGUAUAUUAUAGUGAUUUAUAAAGAGGCAAAAUUAUAUUUUUAUCCCGAGAAUUAUUAUGCGAUUUAUAUAUGACAACACCUUACUGGCUUUGGCAACUGCUGAUUGACAGUGCAUGUUGUUGCCUAGUUUAUUGUCUAUAAUAAUUACCAAAUCCUUCUCAUUUGUUGUUAUCCCUAAUUCACUACCAUUUAGAGUUAAAGCUGCUUGUGCAUUCCUCCCCCCGAAGUGCAUAACUUUGUAUUUUUCCACAUUACAUUUUAACUGCCAUCUGAAUGCCCAUUCCCGUCCCCCAAUUUAUCUAAAUCCCUCUGCAGCAAAGCAGUAUCCUACUGACAUUGUGUUCUUUUACACAGUUUUGUGUCAUCUGCAAACACUGAAACAUGGCUUUCAAUGCCUAUUUCAAGAUCAUUUAUAAAUAUUUUAAACAGAAGCGGUCUCAGAACACUGAGGGACACCACCAGGCCCGGACUGGCCAUCGGGCAUACCGGGCAAAUGCACACAGCACCCAGCACCCCCAGACGCACACAGCACCCCCACUCCCACACAUAUACAGCACACACAUAUAUAUAUUAUAUAAAAUAACCCUCAGUGAGUUAAUAGACAAAGUAAAUUACAAAACCUAGAAUGUGACGGCAGAUAAAAACACCCUCACACACAGCACCCCUCUUACACAAACACACUGCGCACCUCACACAUACAAUACGUCCAAAUAAAUAUAUAUAUAUAUAUAUAUAUAUACAGACACACAUACAUACAUACACACACACACACACACACACACACACACUACAGCACCUCUCACACUGCACCACUACACACAUUACGCUCCAGAUACACGCUAGAUCCCUUACCCUAUAUGCACUCUGAAUCCUCUACACCCACACACACACACACACACACACAGUCUUCUACACACACUCUGGGUCCUUUACACACUAGAUCUCUUACACACAUACUGCACCACCUACACACACACUACAUUCCUUGUAAGCAAACACAUACAACAUUCUCUAAACACACCCUCUCUACAACCCCUACACACACUACGUCACCUAUACACACACACUACUGCCUGUAUGCACACACUCGCUAAAUCCAAAUACAGAACAAUAUUUUUUGUCAGGACCAAUUUCUUUUAGUUUGAAAACUAACCUAUUAUGAGGAACCGUAUCAAAUGAACUGGCAAAAUGCAAGUAGAUGACAUCCACUGCAACACACUAAUCUAUACUUCUACUUCUUCAUAGAAGGCAAUUAGGUUAGUUUGACAUGUCCAAUGUUUCAUAAAACCAUGCUGAGUAUUACUAAUAACACUGCUGCUCCCAAUGAAUUCUGCUUUUCUCCAAUUGUCAGGUACAAUUCAUAAAAGAAAAGAAUCUUGCAGCAUUAAAUACAGAGCUUCACUUAUUUCCACACUUAGCUCCUUUAAUACUUAUGGGUGAAUACUGUCAGGCCCUUGAACUGUGUUCAUAUUUACUUUCUAUAGCUGCUUUGGCACCUGAUCUUGAGUCAUCUAAUCAGAAUUUUCCUGCAAGUAUUUUUUCAGCAAUCAUAUUAAUUUCUCUUAAAAUAGGAUCCUCUUUAAUAAACACUGCCUACAGUACCUACACUUUUUUUUUUGUUUAUUUUUUUUUUUAGACGUUAUGUACUUUGGCUAUCAAUUUCUCUUUUUCAGGUUUAGCCAUUCUAAUUGCCUUUUUGCAUGCAUUUUUUUAUAUCUUAUAUAGGAUGCCUCUAAUUUGUCUAAUUUAAAUGCCCUUUUUUAUUUCUAAUCUCUUGGUUUACUUUCCCACUAAGUCACACAUAUUUUAAUUAGUUUAUUUUAUAUUUAUUACCUAAUGGCACGUACUGAGAAAUGUACCUUUCUAAUAUUUGUUUGAAGAUAUUACAUUUAUCCUCAGUGGGUUUUUUUCACUAAAGAGUUUAUGCCAGUCAAUAUGUUGUAAUGCUGUCUUUAUUUUAUUGAAAUUGACCUUUUUAAAAUGAUGUUUUAGUAUAACCCAUGUACUUUUGCUGUUUCAAGAUUAUUUCAAAAGAUACCAUAUUGUGAUCUCUAUUUCCCAAGAACUCCCCUACUUGAAUGUUGGUUAAAAGAUUAACAUUGUUUGCUUUAACCAGAUCCAGUGAAACAUCCUUUCUAGUUGGUGUUUGUACCAGUUGUGACAUGAAAGUGCAAUUUUACAUGUUAAAAACCUGAUUACCCUUGCUAGUCCCUGUAUCCCAAUUUAUUUCUGUGUAAUUACAUUCUCCAAUAAUUAUUGUGUUACCCAGCUUUCCCAAUUUCCUCCAAAAGCUGUUCUUCCUCAUCAAUAUCAACAUUAGGUGUUUUUUGGCAUAUACCAACCAAUAAAUGAUUCCCCUUCUUUUGCCCCACGCAGAUAUCUACCCCUAAAGCUUCCACAUGAUCCUCGUCAUAUUCCACUUGCUUGAGAUUUGGCUUUAACUCAUGGUUGACAUACAAACAUAUCCC